AUGCAAGGGCCACGGAUUCUCAAGUUCACCGCUGCAGCCUAUGUGGUCUUGGCCCUCCUGGAGGGAAGAAAGAGUCUGGAGAUAGCUGCUUUGGGCCAUGCUGCCCUCCUCCUGGGAAGUUUCAUCCUGUCCCUGUUCUUGAGCAUUGCCUUCUAUCGUGCCUUUGGGCACCGCACUCGUCACUUCCCAGGUCCUCGUCUGGCUGGAGUGUCGAAGCUCUGGCAUAUGUACCAAUGUCGCAAUGGACAGAACCACCUGGUACUGGACAACCUCUAUCGCCAGUACGGUGACUUUGUUCGGACGGGACCCAGUGAAGUCACUGUGUUCCACCCGGAGGUGCUAGCUCGACUCGAUGGUCCUGGAAACAAAACCCAAAAGUCGGACUGGUAUGAUUUCCUUCUCCCCCAUGUUGGUGUCACCACCACUCGCGAUCGCCCUUUUCAUGACCAGCGCCGGCGCCUCUGGGUCAAGGGAUUUUCGAGCAAAUCCAUGGAGCACUAUGAGGAGCACAUCCGGGGACACGCAAGAGACCUGGAAGGCCUCAUUGCUGCCGAUUGCAAAAGGAAUGCCAUCUCCAGCCUCUCGACAUAUUUCUAUUGGUUUUCCUUUGAUAUCAUGGGCCUCUUCACCUUUUCCCGCUCCUUUGAUAUGCUGAGCAAGGAGGACUGGCAUUACGCCGUUCGGGAUCUGCGUCGUGCAAUGAAAAUCCUGGGCCCCCUCUCUUCAGUUCCCUGGCUGGCUCAGAUCGGAUUCUGGCUGCUCAAGGGCUACUGGAUUGUCAAGGACUGGCAUACAAUGAUCUCGUGGUGUGCCGGCCAGAUGAAACACCGCAUUCACGAACCCAAAUCCCACGACGUGUCGCAGGCGAUUAUCGACGAUUUCCAAAAGAAGAACGAGCUUGACAGCAACCACCCCGCACUGAUCGGUGAUGCGGUUGUGGCCAUCGUUGCUGGCAGUGACACGGUUGCCCCGACCUUGGUCUUCACUUUCUAUGAGUUGGCUUUGAACCCGGAGAAAGCAGAUAAGCUCUAUGAGGAGGUUCGUGACAUCGACAUCAACGAUACAAAGUCUCUCAGGAAACUGUCAUACCUGAAUGCGAUUAUCAUGGAGACUCUGCGUCUGCAUCCUGCGGUCCCGACAGGUGGCUAUCGUGAUACUCCGCCAGAGGGAAUGACAAUUGGUGGAACUUUUAUCCCUGGAAAGACCACGAUCGUUGCACCGCGAUAUACUCUGGGUCGGCUGGAGAGCUGCUAUGAAAGACCCAAUGAAUGGCUCCCAGAGAGAUGGGAUACGGAGCCCGAGCUGGUCAAGGACAGCCGGUCUUUUCUCCCCUUUGCCCAGGGUCGCUACACCUGCUUGGGCAAGGAUGUCGCCAUGGCCGAGAUGCUCACUGUCAUCGCCCUUCUUGUUUCCAAGUACCGGCUUAGCUUCCCCCUGGACCAAGGCAAGGACAGUAUUCGACAGGUCGAGCAGAUGAUGAGAGACCAAUUUACUGCGACUCCGGGUUCAUUGGGCCUGAUAUUCACCAAGCGAGAGAAGGAAGUUGUCUAA